AUGGUAAAAUUCCAUGAUACAAUUCUCUGUGAUAAGGAACAUGGUUUAUUUCCUGCCAUUCUAAACCUCGCUAGUAAUGCUCAUAUCAGCACUAAUGCUACAUGUGGUGAAAAAGGCCGUGAAAUGUUUUGUAAACUUGUGGAGCAUGUUCCAGGUCGACCCCUACGCCAUGCACAGUGUCGAAUUUGUGAUCACAGUAGUGCAAAUUCCAAAGAACAACAUCCUAUCUCAAAUGCUAUAGAUGGUACUAAUAACUGGUGGCAAAGUCCUAGCAUUCAGAAUGGAAGAGAAUACCAUUGGGUAACAAUAACUCUAGAUCUAAGACAGAUCUUUCAAGUUGCUUACAUCAUUAUAAAAGCUGCUAACGCUCCAAGGCCUGGAAACUGGAUUUUAGAACGUUCUGUGGAUGGUGCUGAAUUCAGUCCCUGGCAAUACUAUGCUAUUAGUGAUACCGAGUGUCUAACCAGAUACAAUGUAACACCAAGACUUGGCCCUCCUACAUAUAAGAAAGACAAUGAAGUGAUUUGCACUUCCUAUUAUUCUAAACUUGUUCCACUUGAACAUGGAGAGAUCCACACAUCACUAAUCAAUGGGAGACCUAGUGCUGAUGACCCUUCACCAACAUUACUGGAGUUCACCUCUGCAAGAUACAUCCGUCUCCGAUUGCAGCGGAUAAGAACUCUUAAUGCUGAUCUCAUGACCCUUAGUCACCAUGACCCUAAGGAUGUUGACCCUAUUGUUACAAGAAGGUACUACUAUUCAAUAAAAGACAUAUCUAUUGGAGGUAUGUGCAUUUGUUAUGGCCAUGCUCGAAGUUGUCCUUUGGAUAAAGACACAAAGAAACUACAGUGCCAGUGUGAACACAAUACUUGUGGUGAAAGUUGUAAUGAGUGUUGUCCUGGCUACCAUCAGGCACCAUGGAGACCUGGAACUAUUUCUGCUGGCAACAAAUGUGAAAGAUGCAACUGUCACAACAAAACAGAAAAUUGUUAUUAUGACCAGAGGGUAGCAGAUGAAAAAAAAAGUAUAAACAUUUUUGGUCAAUUCAGAGGAGGUGGAGUAUGUAUAAAUUGUACACAACACACCACUGGAAUAAACUGUGAUAUGUGUAGUGAUGGCUACUACAGACCACAAAAAAUGUCUCCUUAUGACAAUGAUCCUUGCCGUCCCUGUGAAUGUGAUUUAUUUGGGUCCUUUAGCUUUGACUGUGUUAAGGAUGAUAAUCAUGCUGACCCACAAAAAGGUAUUCAGCCUGGUCAAUGUCAUUGCAAGGAAGGUUAUGCUGGAGAAAAAUGUGACCAUUGUGCCUUUGGCUACAAAGGUUAUCCAAAUUGCAUACGCUGUAAUUGUAGUCUCAUUGGCAGCAUCAAUGAUGACCCAUGUACUGAACCUUGCCUUUGCAAAGAAAAUGUAGAAGGCGGAAAUUGUGACCGUUGCAAAUCUGGAUUCUAUAAUCUCCAAGAGAGAAAUCCACAAGGUUGCACUGAAUGCUUCUGUUUUGGGGUUUCUGAUGUGUGUGAAAGCCUUCCUUGGUCCACUAGUAAGAUGUCUUCUAUGGCUGGGUGGGAGGUGACAACUCCAUAUACUUCAAAAACUAUACAACCUCAAGAAAGCCAGUUUGACAAAUCUCAUCAAAUAAGUAUUAACAACACUGUGGUUGCAAAAGUACUAAAGCCUCCUUAUUACUGGUCUGCACCUAAAUCAUACCUUGGAAAUAAGCUCACUGCCUUUGGUGGCUAUUUAAAGUAUACCGUGUCUUACGAUAUUCCCAUGGACAGUACAGACAGUGACCUGGUAUCUAGUGUCGAUGUUAUUAUUCAGGGGAAUGGACAUAUUCUGUCUACAAGAUCUGAAGGGCUGUCUUUACAACCGUAUGAAGAAUAUUCCAGUACAGUGCAUCUUAUCUCUGAAAACUUUGUUGAUUUUAAUACAAAGAAGUCAAUAGAUCGAGACACCCUGAUGUCUGUUUUAGUUAAUGUUACUCAUCUUCUACUUAGGGCCAGUUACAACACUGCAAAAAAAUCUGUAUACAGGUUGGACUCUGUUACUUUGGAUACAGCAAAUGCUAAUCUCAUAGACCUGUCUUCAGCUGUACAUGUAGAAUAUUGUGAAUGUCCUCAGGGUUACUCUGGGAUAUCUUGUGAAUCCUGUCUGCCUGGGUACUACCGAGUGGGUGCAAUACUUUUUGGAGGGAUCUGCCUGCCGUGUGAUUGCCAUGGUCAUGCAACAGAAUGUGAUAGUCGUGGUGUUUGUAUUGCUUGUGAGCAUAACACUACAGGGCAAUCUUGUGAGCAGUGUUUGCCAGGAUUCUAUGGAACGCCCUCCAGAGGAACAGCAAAGGAUUGCCAGCCAUGUGCCUGUCCACUGAGAAGUGCUACUAACAAUUUCAGCCCUACCUGUUAUUUGAAUAACAGCGGCAAAGUUGUCUGUGAUAAAUGUUCUCCAGGUUAUGCAGGGGUCAGAUGUGAAAGAUGUGCAAAUGGGUAUUAUGGCAAUCCUUUAGUGCCAGGCAAAACAUGCAUUCUGUGUGACUGCAAUGGCAAUGUAAAUCCAAUGGAAGAUGGCCACUGUCACUCAGUUACAGGAGAAUGUUUGAAAUGUGUUGGAAAUACUGUGGGACGUCACUGUGAAAGGUGUGCUGAUGGCUAUUAUGGGGAUGCGGUGACCAACAAACAUUGUUAUGCUUGUGAAUGCGAUAUAAAUGGCUCUGUUUCCAGCAUCUGUCAUCAUGAAAGUGGCCUGUGCCAAUGCAGAGCAAAUGUAGUUGGGAAGAGAUGUGACAAAUGCUUGUUUGGCUAUUAUGGCCUAGGUAGUAGAACUGGUUGCCUUCCCUGCCACUGCAGUAAAGCUGGCUCAGCUGCAGAAGAUUGUAAUGAGGAAGGACAGUGUCGUUGUAUGCCGGGAGUGACUCGGGACAAGUGUGACCAUUGUGCUCCAGGGUUUUAUGCAUUUCAGGAUGGUGGUUGCAAACCUUGUGAUUGUGCUCAUACUCACAACACAUGUGAUAAAGAUUCUGGACAAUGCAUUUGCUCUCCUCAUACAACAGGAGAAAAAUGUGAGCUUUGUGAAGAAAAUUUCUGGGGUCAUGAUACAGAAAAGGGAUGCAAGGCUUGCAAUUGUAGCCAUUUAGGUUCGCUCAGUCUCCAAUGUGACCAGCUGACUUCUCAGUGCCAGUGUAAGCAAGGAUACGGAGGGGACAGGUGUGCCCUAUGUGCUUUGGGUUACAGGAACUAUCCGGAUUGUAUACCUUGUGACUGUGAUGUACGUGGGAGUAAAGCAGAUACGUGUAAUCAAGGAAUCUGCAGCUGCGAAGAGGAAACUGGUGUGUGUAUUUGCAAGGAGAAUGUGCUUGGAUUGCACUGCAGUGAAUGCAAAAGCGGGACCUUUGCUCUACAUGCCAUUAACCCUUUGGGAUGCAUCCCUUGCUUCUGUUCUGGGAUGGCAGAAUUCUGUACAGAAGUAGAAGGCUACGUGCGAGUUCCAGUAACCCUGUCUCCAGAACAGGAACUGUUACAUGUGGUUUCUCUCAGUAACUUUACUGGAACAAGUAAAGGUGUAUUUUCCCAGUUUCCUGACAUCAUAAUGGAUGCAGCAACAGUCCGCCAACACUUGAAUGCAGAACCCUUUUACUGGAAAUUGCCAGAUCAGUUCCAGGGAAAUCAGCUCAUGGCAUAUGGUGGGAAAUUGAAAUAUUCAGUAGCGUUUUAUGCUCUGGAUGGUCUUGGAACUGCAAAUCUUGAACCACAAGUCCUGAUGAAGGGAGGUCAUUCUAGAAAACAGGUCAUCUACGUGGAUGUUCCAGCUCCAGAAAAUGGACUAAGGCAAGACGAAGAGAUACUAAUGAUGGAGAGUACCUGGAAAUACUUUAAUGCUGUUUCAGAUGAAUCUGUCUCACAUUCUGACUUCAUGUCAGUUCUGAGCAGUGUUGAAUAUAUUCUUAUCAAGGCUUCAUAUGGUCAAGGACUGCAGCAAAGCAGAAUCUCAAAUGUCUCUAUGGAAAUUGCAAUGAAAGCUGAUCACUUGCCCUCGGUCAAGGAACGAGCUCACCACGUUGAAAAAUGCCUGUGCCCUGUAGGUUAUGCAGGACUCUCAUGUCAGGACUGUGCACCAGGUUACUACAGAGAGAAGCAUGGAAACACAAACCUCAAAGUGUUUCCCUCACUAGUUUCAUCAUGUGUGCCAUGCCUGUGCAACAAUCACAGCAGUGCUUGUGAUCCAGAAACAGGGAAAUGUUUGGAGUGCAGAGAUAAUACAGUUGGUGACCACUGCAAUAUUUGUGCCACUGGUUAUUAUGGCAAAGUAACUGGAUCCAUUGAUGAUUGUUUACUAUGUGCAUGUCCAAGAAUGAGCCCUGAAAGCUUUAGUCCAACAUGUGUUGCAAAAGGUAUAAAUGAUUUCCACUGCAAUGCUUGUGUCACUGGAUAUGACGGGCAGUAUUGUGAAAGAUGUUCUCCAGGUCACUAUGGAGAUCCUAAAGUACCAGGCGGCAAAUGUCAACAAUGUCAGUGCAACCCAAAUGGCUCUCUCCAUUACCACUGUGAUCAUAUCUCUGGGCAGUGCGUUUGUAAGCCAGGUGUAACAGGACAGUUGUGUGAUGAAUGUGAAUCAAGGCACGCUCUUGUGGAAAAUGAAUGUGUUUCUUGUGAUGACGACUGCACAGGGCUGUUGUUGAAUGAUUUGGAUAAUUUUGACAAAGCCACACUUUUGAUAAACUUCACUGGUGCUAUCUUGGCACCUUAUGGAACACUUUCAGACUUGGAAAAUGUCACAAAACAUUUAAAGGAAUCUUUGGGGGCUGAAGAAAGUCCAAACUUAAUGAAAAUUAUGAAUGGCAAUCUUGAAACACUAUCAAAUGUUUCAGAACAGUUCCACAAACAGUUAACUAGAAUACUAGAAAGAGGAGAAAAUCUCAGCACUGCUACAGAAGGUACCUUGAACAAGAGUAAAGAAUUGGCAAAAUUUAUCAGCACAUUACAGGCAACAGUUAAAGUGCUUGUGGAAACGGCAGCCACUAUUAACACAACAGUGGGUACUGAUUUCCCACAAUUAAAUAUAACGCUUCAGAAACUGCAAGAUGAAAUUCCUAUGAUGUUGGACAUAAUGCAUGGAAGAUAUUUCCAGCAGCUGCAUCAAAACAGUAUACAUGAAUUAAAACAUGCAGAAAAAUUGCUGGCACGAAUCCAGAGAGAAUAUUGGAGACCACAGCAAGAAAUGAAGGGCUUUCAAAAAGCAGCAAAACGUGCCUUAUCUGACCAUAGCACCAAACAUCAAGAAGCCCAGGAUGUUGUGAAUGUAGCAAACCGUAACGCCAAAGAGGCUAGCCGUCUGCUUGUUCUUAUUAAUAACAACCUCAAGGAGUUCAAUCAUAAAAAGCUGAGUGUUACAGAAGAUGAGGAGCUCUCUGUUAUGCUGAUGAAAGAAGGAAAAAUCCAAAUGACUGCUGCUUCUGCCUUUGCAAGAGAUAUAUUUAAUUCUACAUCUAGUCUAGAAAUACACCAGGAUGAACUGAUCUUAUGGAGUAGUAAAUUAAGACAACACGUGGAUGACCUGGUCAUGCAGAUGUCUACUCGAGGAGCUCUUGAACUUAUCUAUAAGACAGAAGAUCAUGCUGCUGAGUUAGAAAGAAUUGUUCAUGCAUUAGACAGUGGCCUCUUGAAUGUUAGAAAUGUAACUUUGAAUGUGACAAAUUCGGUCCAUGUGUACUCUACCAUCAAAAAUUUAGUUGAAAGUGCAGAGAACCUGGCAAGUGAUGUUGAUAAGAUUAUACAUGAUCCAGUACAUGUGCAAAAGGGGCCCUUUAAUACUACUGGGAAAAAUGUUCUUCAGCUUAGCUCCACAGUCUUAACUGAUGCAAAACGUCUUCACAAGAAGUAUGAUGGACUCAGGUCAGGGUUAAAUGAGAUUAACAUAAAAGUGGAAAGACUUAAAGUGAAGGCCAGAGGAAUUGCUAAAAAGUUUAAUGACUCCCUGCUUCAGCUGACUGCAUUGCCAAGAGAUACUAGUGAAAAUAUUUUUGCAAUAAAAAGGCUGGCUCUUUCUGCUAAUUUGACUGCCCUUGAUGGUUUAAGCCACCCUGGUGGUUUUAGUGAGAAGCUGUUGAACACUUCAUCUGCAUUGUCUAAAGUUAAUGAUACGUUGCAGAAAACAAAUGAACUUAUAAUUGACUCAACAAAUGCUGCAGCAUCAGCUGAAAGAAAAGUGAAUGAAAUUGAAAUCCAGGCUGGUCUGUUAUAUGGAAGGCUGAAACCUCUGAAAAUGCUGGAGGAGAAUCUAAGCAGAAACAUCUCUGAAGUUAAAGAGCUCAUAAACCAGGCUCGCAAACAGGCAGCUUCUAUUAAAGUUGCAGUAUCUGCAGAAAGAGACUGUAUCCGGGCCUAUCAACCCCAGAUAUUAUCUACUAAUUACAAUACGUUAACAUUAAACCUUAAAACAAUGGAACCUGACAAUCUUUUGUUCUAUCUGGGUAGCAAUGGUAAAACUGAUUUCAUGGCAGUGGAAAUGCGACGUGGCAAGGUGGCCUUCUUGUGGGAUAUGGGUUCUGGAUCAGCAAGACUGGAAUAUCCUGAUUUAUCUAUUAACAACAACAAAUGGCAUAGAAUACAUGCCACAAGGUUUGGGAAAACUGGCACUCUGAGUGUAGAGGAGACCAGUUCUCCUCAGAAGCCCAUCAGAAGAACUGCCACCUCUCCUGGAGCAGCCACAGUGCUAGAUGUAAAUCAGUCAACUCUAAUGUUUAUUGGUGGACUCGGAGGACAAAUCAAGAAAUCACCGUCCAUUAAAGUAACACAUUUUAAAGGGUGCAUAGGGGAGACUACCUUGAAUGGUAGGCCAGUGGGGCUUUGGAAUUUUAUGGAAAGAGAAGGCAAGUGCACUGGAUGCUUUGGAAGCCCACAGUAUGAGGACCCUUCAUUUCAUUUUGAUGGCAGUGGAUAUUCAGUGGUGGAGAAAGCACUUCGCUCUACUGUGACCCAGAUAAUUGUAUUUUUCAGCACUUUUUCAACUAAUGGGCUUUUAGUAUACCUGGCUUCCAAUGGCACAAAGGAUUUCUUGUCUCUGGAACUUGCUGAUGGCAGAAUUAAACUAACCAUUGAUCUUGGCUCAGGUCCCCUUACACUUAAAACAGAAAGCCGCUACAAUAAUGGAACAUGGUAUAAACUUUCAUUCAGUCGAAACAAAAAGGAAGGGAUUUUGGCAGUCAUGGAUGCUUAUAGCCUCAAUUCUAAAGAAAUCAAGCAAGGAGAAUCUCCUGGUGUAGCAUCUGACCUGAAUCGUUCUGAUAAAGAUCCUAUUUACAUUGGGGGGUUACCACGGUCAAGGGCAGUAAGGAAAGGAGUUCAUAGCAGAACCUAUGUGGGAUGCAUUAAGAACUUAGAAAUAUCCCGAUCUACCUUCGAUUUGCUUAAAAAUUCAUAUGGUGUGAGGAAAGGCUGCAUCCUAGAGCCUAUACGCAGUGCUAAUAUCUUACAUGAUGGUUACAUUGAGUUGCCACCCAAACCUCUUUUGGCGGAAUCUGAAUUUAUGGCCACUUUUGCUACAAAGAACACCAGUGGCAUUAUUCUUGUGGGGCUUAGCAAAGGUGCAGCAAAACGAAGACGCAGGCAAGUCCAUCUUCCCUUUUUCUCCAUCAUGCUAGUGAAUGGUCACUUGGCUGUGCAGGUCCUUGCUGGUGACCGAGCAAGUGCAAAAAGGGUCACGGUCAAGCCUGCUAAUGGAACUUACAGCGAUGGACGAGAACAUUCUGUCAUCUUGACUCGGAAUAAGAGAAUGAUAGCGGUACAAGUGGAUGAAAGUAAACCUGAAGAAAUUAGACUUGGACUCAUGGCAGAAACUAGACCAAUUAAUAUAUCAAAGCUCUUCAUUGGUGGAAUUCCUGCUGGAGAUAGCAUUUCAGGAUUAAAGAUGACGGGCUCUUUCUAUGGUUGUAUAGCUAACGUGAUAUUUAACACAGAGUUUCUAGAUUUCACCACUGCAGUAAAGUAUGAAGGUGUUGAUAUGGACAGCUGCUAUCUUCCAGAGAAGUCUAAGCCUUCUAUUCAACUAGAAGACAUUGAAAUCCGAUCUGAAAUGCAGAUGCUGCCGAGUUCUCUAAAGUCUUUUUCACAGAUUAAGGCGAAACCAUGCGCAGAAGGUGGAGAACUUAAGUACGUUUCUGAUGCCCAUCAGUUUGGCUUUACCAGAAACAGCCACUUACUGCUGCUUUUCAAUCAGUCUACAGUAAGAAAGAAGUUUUCUGUCCAAUUAAGUGUCAGAACAUUUGCUUCUAGUGGUCUAAUAUACUAUACAGCUCAUCAAAGGCAAGUUGAUUAUGCAGCCCUUCAACUACGAGGAGGAAAACUUCAUUUUUCAUUUGACCUUGGAAAAGGACAGUCAGUAGUUUCUCAUGGAGCAAUAAUCAGUGAUGGAAAUUGGCAUACAGUGCAAACAGAUUAUGCUAAGAGAAAAGGUGUAAUCAUAGUUGAUGGGCAGGAAACUGAAGCUGUCAGUGUUUCAGGUGAUGGAACCACAUUGGAUGUGGAUGGGAAAUUGUACUUGGGGGGUCUACCCUUAGGUUACCUCACAAAGAACAUUGGAAAUAUUUCUCACAGUAUUCCUGCAUGCAUCAGUGGAGUAACCAUUAACAACAAGCAGUUAGAUAGUCUGGUCUCAACCUUUGCUGUGAAUAAAUGCUAUGCUGCAAUCCAGAAAGGAACUUACUUUGAUGGAAGUGGUUUUGCUGCUCUUGUUAGGGAGGGCUAUAAAGUCAGAUCUGAUGUUAACAUUACAUUUGAAUUCCGUACCAAUGCCAUGAAUGGAGUUCUUCUUGGAAUCAGUAGUGCUAAAAUAGAUGCCAUUGGGCUGGAGAUUGUAAAUGGAAAGAUUUUAUUCAGUGUCAACAAUGGAGCUGGUAGAAUAACAGCUUCCUAUAAACCAAAAGAAAUAUCUGAUCUAUGUGAUGGACAGUGGCAUAAACUUCAAGCUAAGAAAAGCAAGCAUCAUAUUGCUCUAAUAGUCGAUGGAAAUGCAGUUCAGACUGAUAAUCCCUAUGUUCAGUCAACCUCUGCAGAUACAAAUAACCCCGUUUAUGUUGGAGGGUAUCCUGCUGAUGUAAAACAAAAUUCCUUGACCAGUAAGAACUCAUUCCAAGGGUGUUUGAGAAAUUUUAUGCUGAUUAAAGGCCAGCAAGCAGACUCCUUUGACUUCAGUGAAGCCUUUGACCUGCGCGGAGUUUUUCCACAUUCCUGCCCUGGAGCCUGAGUACUAAAUGGGAGGAAAAAUGUUCCAUUUUAAGAGGCUUUGUCUAUCAACUCUUAAUGAAAAAGAAAUGCUUUUAAUGAUAAUACUGAUUUCAGUGAUUUCCCUCUUAUUUUCCAGCUCAAGAAAAAUAUGUUUAGCUAGAACUUCUACACUUUUUUAAAAACAAAAAGUAUCUUUUGUACAACAAAUACCUCUACUAAAAUAUUAACUACAUUAGCUGACUGUUUCUUAUUGUUAGCAAAAGCUCUUUAAAAUCAACAUUUACAAUAAAUCUGCUGUUAAUU